GUAUUGUGUCAACUGUUGGUCUGUUGUUCAACUUAGCCGGUUUCUUCAGGAGUAUUAGCGAUAUUGAAUGGAUUGAUGGACAGUACCAUUCCUUGUAUGUGUGUGGUGUUGUAAAUAGUUAUGGGAGUUCCCGCUUUUUUUCGCUGGUUGAGUUUGAAAUAUCCCAAAGUACUUUGUGACGUGAUAGAGUUGGUCGGUCCGUAUGACCAACAACAAGGAGACUUUGUUAGUAUAGACCCUACAGAGCCCAACCCUAACGGCAGGGAGUUUGAUAACCUGUAUUUAGAUAUGAAUGGUAUAAUCCACCCUUGUACACAUCCAGAAAAUAGACCACCUCCUACUACAGAAGAGGAGAUGUUCGAAGAAAUAUUUCGUUACAUCGACCGUUUGGUAUAUAUGAUAAGGCCACGGAAACUUGUUUACCUUGCGGUGGAUGGCGUUGCGCCAAGAGCAAAAAUCAAUCAACAACGUUCUCGUCGCUUUCGAGCUGCAAAGGAAGCUGAAGAGAAGCAAAAAGAAUUGCUAAGGGUUCGUGACGAAUGGAAAAAAAAGGGUCUCAGAGUGCCGGAAUACGAUCCUAACAGGAAACCUUUUGACUCCAACGUGAUUACACCCGGAACACCUUUUAUGACAAAUCUCUCUGUGGCACUUAAGCAAUUUAUUGCUGAUAGAGUAGCUCAUGAUCCUGCUUACAACAAAAUUUCAGUCAUCUACUCCGAUUCUUCUGUUCCUGGAGAAGGAGAACAUAAAAUAGCAGAGUUUAUUCGCACGCAAAGGGCCCAAGAAGGCUACGACCCGAAUACUUCACACGUCUUGUAUGGUUUAGACGCCGAUUUGAUUAUGUUGGCCUUGGCAACGCAUGAAUUAAACUUUUACGUACUUCGUGAACGAGUAUUUCCCUCACCACAACAAAGUGAACAAAAGAGGCAGCCUCAAGAAGCACAGGAUUCCAAGAUCCAAGACAGUAGCGAUAUUCAAAAUGCUGCAGCAAUUGGUGCAAGGAAUUCCUUUCAGUUAUUAAGUAUCGAUAUAUUACGAGAGUGUUUGGAAGCAGAGUUUAUGGAGCCCUUAGAAAUUGGCUUUGAAAUGGAGUCCUCUUCAAGACACCAAAGACUAGAAUUUGACUUGGAAAGAGUGAUCGAUGACUUUGUGUUUCUUUGUUUUUUUGUAGGAAACGACUUUUUGCCACAUUUACCAAGCCUGGAUAUUCGUGAAGGUGCUAUCGAUUAUUUGAUUGAAUUGUACAAAAAAUUAGUUCCUCGGUUUGGAUAUCUUUCAGAUGAUAAAGGAGAAAUACAUUUUGGAAGAGUACGUCUGUUUUUAAACGAGUUGGCGACUACAGAAGAUUAUAUUUUUCAAAAGCGCAAGUUGGAAGAAGAAAAGAAACAAAAGCAGCAAGCAGAACGAGCGACAGAGAAUAAGCAAUCAGAGGUACAGAAUGAUAGAACAAAGUUGUCGAGAACUCGAGAGGAUUAUGAAAACAGAAAGGCUGAAGAUGAUGCUAACUUGAAGGAAACAAGAGAUUCACUUAACUUUGCCGUUGCAGAGUCUUUAAAAAAGCGUUUAAAAACUCAAGACUCCUCAGAACAAGCAAGCAGCAACAAACAAAUGGAUGUUGCGAAUAUGGAACAAUCCACAUCAGAACAAAUAGUAUUGAAUGAUGUUGAUGUUGAAGAAGAAGAAGAAGAGGAAGAGGAGGAGCUUUCUCAAGUUGAAUACAUGUUAGAGUUGAGUGAUCAACAAGUCAAGGAACAGUUCGAAAAGGAGUUAAAAGAACGUUUAUAUAAAAAGAGGGUCGUUGAUUCUGUCGAAGAUGUAGUUCGAUUAGGAGAACAAGGUUGGAAAGAAAGAUAUUAUGAAAAGAAGUUCCAUUGGAGUCCUCAGUCGGAAACAAGUCAACGAAAGAGAGAAGAAUUGGCUUACAAGUAUUUUGAAGGCUUAUUAUGGGUGAUGCGUUACUAUUAUCGCGGAUGUGUUAGUUGGACAUGGUACUUUCCUUAUCAUUAUGCUCCUUUUGCCAGUGAUUUAGCUGCUUGUCCUUUUGAAGCGGAUAGGUGAGUUUUUAUCGUUGUAAUGAGGCAAAUAUGUUUCUCAUAAAU